AUGCUCGGCCUGCGGAUUGGUUUCUGGGUAUGCGCACUAAUAGCGGCAGCUGGAGCGUUUCCGGCGCAUGUACUGGCAAGCGACCAAGAAAUCUCCCAGCGGACCUUUGAGUCCCUAGAAGAGCUCGCUCGCAUUGUCGACAUAUCCUACUGUGUCGGGACGACUGGCAUACAGAAGCCAUUCAAAUGCCUGAGCCGAUGUAGCGACUUCGAGGGUUUCGAACUCGUUACCACCUGGAACACCGGUCCUCUUCUGUCCGAUUCCUCAGGCUACAUCGCCCUGUCGCACCCUCCCUUCCCGAAACGAGUUAUCGUCGCCUUUCGGGGGACAUAUUCCAUCGCGAACACCAUCGCAGACCUGUCCACAAACCCCUCCGAAUAUGCUCCUUUCCCCUCCGACAGAGAUAAUGAUUCGUUCUGCACUACCGACGGGUCGCAGAAUGAUAAGGGCUCGAUACUUCCACAAUUGCUGAAACAACCGGAGAAAAGAAGUGUGGUUCAGGUCGAGUGUCCCAAUUGCACUGUUCAUUCGGGCUUCAUGACGUCUUGGCGAAACACACGCUGCACAAUUAUCCCCCAUGUGGAAGUGGCCCUGAAAAACUAUCCAGACUAUGAACUGGUGCUGGUAGGCCAUUCGCUCGGAGGGGCUGUUGCAGCGUUGGCGUCUCUCGAGUUUCAAGCCAGAGGAUGGCAGCCUCGUGUCACAACCUUUGGGGAGCCACGGGUUGGGAAUCUAGCACUGAAUCAGUUCAUUGACAAACGUUUCAACCUGAACACCACCAAACCGGAUGAGUGGACAUACCGAAGAGUGACACAUGUGGAUGAUCCAGUCCCGCUUCUGCCACUGGAAGAAUGGGGUUACAGAAUGCACGCUGGCGAGAUCUACAUCUCCAAACCCUCGCUGCCUCCCACUCGUGCUGAUGUACAGCAUUGCGCGGGCGACGAGGAUCCCGCUUGCAUUGCCGACAGCGUCUCGACCGAGAAGGUAAGAACUGCGACCCGGCAAGCUGACAAUGCGGCCUCCGGCAUCGAGGAAAUGUGGGCGAUAGGGCGGCGCUACAAAUUUUGGCAACUCUUCUUUGCCCACCGUGACUAUUUCUGGCGGUUGGGUCUCUGUGUUCCAGGAGGAGACCCUUGGGACUGGUCGAGAGGCAAAUAUAAUUCCACCAUCAUGAAUGACGAGUAA